CUCCGUCGGGCCGAUGGUGCCGGCGUCGGGCCGCCGCUGGGCGUGCCGGCGGCUGGUGCGGAGGCGCUGGGUGCUGGCCGUCGUCUUCGCCCUGUCCCUCGUCUACUUCCUCAGCAGCACCUUCAGACAGGAGGAGCGGACAGGGAGGGACCGGAGCCUCCUCCAGAUGCCGGAUCCCGGGCUGCCCAUCCCGUGGAAGCUGCAGUUCAGCCUGGGAAACAGCAGCCGCAGAGCCGGGGGCCGGUGCCGGAACUCCGUCCAGGGGAAGCGCCUCAUCACCGACGAACUUGGUCACGUGUGCGAGAGGAAGCACCUGCUGCGCAACGGCUGCUGCGACGUGGAGGCGUCCAGCACACGCCUCUUCAGCUGCGAGGGUUGCCUGAGCCACGGCUGCUGCGCCGUCUACGAGCACUGCGUGUCCUGCUGCCUGCAGCCCGGCAAGCAAGUGCUCCUGGAGCGUUUCCUCAGCCGGGCGGCGGCGGCCUUUCAGAACCUCUUCACGGCGGUGGAGGAUCUGUUCGAGCUGUGCCUGGCCCGAUGCCGGACCUCCUCCCAGAGCGUGCAGCACGAGAACACCUACCGGGACCCCGUCGCCAAGUUCUGUUACGGGGAGCAGCCCCCCCAGCUCCUGCUGUCGUGACCUCGGACCGCCACGUCGGAUGAC